AACACAACGAGCUUGUACACGCUCAUCGGCCAGUCAUCGCUCAAAGCAUAGCAAUGGAGCAAUCCCUCGGCAAGCGCACGGCUGGCUCGAGCAGCACAGAUCUACUCCGGCUCUGGCAAGGCGAUUUAGUGGAGCCCCUGCUCGCAUUGCUUCCCCUCAAAGCGAUCGCGACCGUGCCCAGGGUUUCGCGCCGGUUCCGCGACCAGCAGUGGCGGACGUAUAGCUUGAUCGCGCGGCAGACCGGCACGAUCCGCACGUCGACGAGCGCGCUCCUCGACGCCGUUCGGUGGACGGGCCGGGACGAGCGCUGGUCGCGGUUCGAUGGUAGCAGUCUCGAGGCGUGGGAGCCUCUUGAACGUCCUGAACACGAAGGCGCCUUUCGCUGCAGACGCGCCCUUUAUACUAGUAGAGACAUCGCCAAUCGAGGCCCGUGGCCGUGGCACUGCCUACAAAUCCAUACUGAAGAUCCGCUGAAUGGCAGCAGAGGGCAUCACCACGGGGGCGGCUUAACCAAAAGACUCGAUUCCGACGAGUUCUUGUGUAUACGGCGACUCACCUACAGCUUCCAAUUUAGAGACGUGAAUGAGCAAGUUUCUCAUCAGGAGCCAAGUAUGGAAGGCUUCGCAGCUAUAAGUCUUGGUCCGGCUGGGAGGGAAUUCGCGGGCCUGCUUGUUGAGCCGAGUGGCAUACGAGGGAACGGAGAUGGUGAGGAGGAGACUUGGUACGAGCUCCAGUGGUGGAACAUGAAUCGUACUGACGAGAAUGGAACCCCCAUCAUGAUCGUGAAGCCUGGUCAGAUAUACAGUGUCGAGCUACGGUUCGAUUGGUCGGUGCUGCGAGGUGUCUUGGGAUCGGCGGACGUGUCUGUCAAGAGCCUGACCGGCGAUAAAUGUCACGGACGCCGGACUUUCUACUUUGCACGCCGGCCACUCACCGAGAUCAAUCUUUAUAAUUACACCGCUUCGCGCGCGAGCUUCUCUUCGGUUGACGUUAGAUACUCGAAGAGGACGCCCCGAGACGUCUACAGACGCGGCGAGGAGGACUUAGGUUCCCAGUCCGAGGACGACGAGGUUCUGGCGCUGCGGCUGCAGCGCGAGUGGGUGGAGGAGGGCAACUCGGAGUAA